AUGUCUUCAUCAAAUUUGAGAGUUAGUAAAGAAGACCAAGCUAAAAUUAAUAAAUUUGCUACAGGACACGCAAAAUCAUUAGCUUUAAAAAGAGAAAUCGAAAAAUUAAAAACAUUCUUAGAAAAUUGUAAAGAGGCAGAAGAAGAAAUAAUGAUUGUUGAUAGUGAAACUAUUCCAUACAAAGUUGGAAACGCUUUUUUCGAACUUACUGUAGAUGAAAUUAACGACCAACUUUCUAAAGAUUUUGAAAAUCACACCUCCAAGUUACUUGAAAAGGAAUCUGCUUUAGAAAAAGUUACAAAAGAAUUAGAAGACUUGAAGAAAGAACUUUAUGCUAAAUUUGGAAAGGCAAUUAACCUUGAAGCCGAAUAA